AUGUUUGCAACGAUACCCAGCGCUUUUCAACCUUCCUCGUCGACACCAACGGCCACGCCACGAAAACUUCCUCCUCAGACGCCUGUGAGGUUUCCACAAUGCGCACCUACUGCAGAUGAAAAGCCAAGAGGAUCGUCAAAUGGACUGCAGAAACCGUUGGUCCCCUUGCUCCAGACGAUUCAAAGACCAGCAGACAUCAAGCUCGAUCACUUCGAGGCACUCGGUCUCCACGUGAUAUCAGAUUCAAAACCAGAAGAUAUCAUCCCUGAGCCUAGCUAUUUGCCACCGAUCAAGGCAUGGAACGCUAUUGAAUCAGACAAUCUACAAGAAGCAAACGACGCGACAAGGAGACCCCUUUGCAAUGGUAACAUCUCUCCAGGCGUUCAGACCUACCGAGAGCGUCAAGAUGAGCUGAGGAUAGACAACACGGCAGCUUUCCGUAGCAUCCGACGCAUCCCACCACCAACUGGGGAAUCUGCAGCACGGCUGGGUCAUGCAUUUGAGUUCUUCAAGAACCUGGAAUUCUUCUCGGGCUUUUGGGACGACACGUCGUUGCCGCCGAGGAAGGAAGAGCCAGAAGCGACAUCAUCUGAAAACCCUCUCCCCUCAUCCGAAGAUGGAGAAAAGGGAACAGAUGAAAUCGACCUCUUCUCAAAAGAGGAUCCAGUCCCAGCUCAUCUUUCCACUCAUCAACGCACCGGCAACGGCGCCCAACUCCCCCCAGAAUACCGUCAACACCUCCUAACCUCCUUCGUCAAACUCGUCGCCUACGACUUUGGUUGCAACGUCUCUCUCCCCCGCAGCGAACCCCGUCUCUACCUCACCCCACCCUCCCCCUCCAAACCAACAUCCCACUUCAACUCCUCCGCAACCUUCAUCUUCCGCACUCCCACCGACCGCUCCUCCGCCCGCGGCGGCAUCGUAGAAGGACCCGUCGCCUCCAUCUCCUGCCGCACCAGCACCGUCUUCGCAACCGAAGCCGAAUCCCGUCUCGAUCUCGCCCGCGAAGUCGUCGCCGUCCUCCUCACAGCCCAACAUCGCUCCCGCUCAGGCCGAACCGAAAAGCGCUUCGGCGAGAACGCCUGGUGGGCGACCAAACCGCGCUGGGGAGGCGGGCCCGGCGGACCCAUCGGCCGCGAAGCUGAGAAAUCCGACGAGCCAUCAUCUACCACCAAGUUAGCCAGCGCCGUCGAAGAAGCCACGCCCCCGGCAGUCUCCGAGCCCCUCCGCUCCAUCGCCGCCGAAACAAAACGCAUGUUCGGCAUCAACGCCUCGCUCCCGGGUAAGCGUGCGAAAAGGUUGAAGGAGGGGAACAUGCAAAUCUACGAGAACUACCGCAAGAUGCUGCCGCCGUCCGCGACAUGGGACCGGCGCACGCGGUACAUGCCGAUUGGUAAACCAGUACCUAGCCAGGGCUACGAUGAUAUCUUUUUGGUGUCGGCGAUUAACCAUCACGUUUCCAUUAUCCGCGUGAGGGUUCCGGAGGCGUUGUUGGAGGUGCUUGAGGGUGGGACGAGGGAGUGGGAGAGGGUUGUGAUGUGGAGGAGUAAAUGGUAUGAUUUGUUUUUGGCGGAGGAGAGGGUGGAGGCCAUGCAGAUUGUUUGGGGGAUGAUGGCUUAUCAGAUGAGGAAGAUUGAGGGUCCUGCUGUGGAGGCGGGCGAGGGGGAGAAGAUGGAUACGACUUGA